AUGCAUUUUUCAAUCCCUGACGUGCAGCAAUUUCGUGAUGAUAAUGGGAUUACUUAUACGGCAUUUAACAUCUACAUUGAUGGAUUUUUUCAUUGUACUGCUCGCUACAAGCAAUUGCUCAGUCUUCAUGAACAGCUUCAGUCGCAGAAUCCCUACUUGAAACUCCCCCAGUUUCCACCCAAAAAGCUUUUUCUUACAAGUUCACAAAUAGAAGAAAGAAGGAUUUUAUUAGAAAAAUACAUUCAAUUAGUUGGACAAAACCCUAUUUUGGCUUACUCUGACAUUCUCAUUACAUUCCUUUUCUCUGCGCAACAAGAAACUCAUUGCGUCAGAGUACAUGAAGUGGACAUUGAAAUUUCUCUGAUGAACGGCUACAGAAUACCAUUAUCAGUAUCAUCAACAGACUCCUCAGGGACUGUGUUAGAUAUUGCCUGUAAUUAUAUAAAUUUGCCAAAAGAAUAUGUAAAGUUUUUCUCAUUAUAUCUAUUUAAUUGGAGCUGUGCAAAGGAUGGGCAACCAUGUUUAAAAAAAUUAGAAGAAUAUGAAUCUCCAUACAUAUCUCAGAAGUAUGUUAGACCAGAUGAUAAAAUAGUAAUUCGCAAAAGUUACUGGGAUCCUCGUUAUGACAUUGAUGUAAUGUGUGAUAGAGUUGCUUUAGAUCUUUUAUAUUUACAAACUAUAGAAGAUAUUGAUUUAGGAUGGAUUUAUAUAAACUCCCAAACUAAGGAUCUAUUAAAUACACAUGAAUCAAGAAAAGAGAAGAAAGAGGUUGGCAAACACACUAACAAAGACGAUGCAUGUCUUAACUAUGGACUAACUGUCUAG